AUGGUUUCGCGAAGGCCUGAAGGUGAUUCUUCGCCUACAUCUCCUAGGACAAAUUUUAGGUAAGUUAUUACGGAUAUUACGGUAGACAAUGUUAGGGUGGUAAUUAAUUACUAGAGUGAAUCGUGGAUCUCAGAUCGAAGCUUUUCAUUUUUUCACGAAAUUAAUUUCAGGCAAAAGCGAUGGUGAUCGCUUUAAAUUAAGCUCAUUUGUCACGGUGUUUCCCGAUCCUUCCCUGAUCUCUGAAUUUCGAACUUAAGCUUUUCCCGCAAACCGUGAUCAGUCUGUGUGAGCUGAAAACUUUAGACUCAAGGUAAUCUGUGCUCAACGACACAUCUUGUUGAGACUCCAGCAAACUCUAGAACUUAAUAUAUACUAAAGUCUUUUGUACCAAUGCCCUUAAAAAAAGUCUCGGAACAAAGGUUUCAAGUUGAAGUAGAUAAGUGUAUUUUAAGAUUUAGUUUAUGAGUUGAAACACUUCAAUGGUCUUUUGGAAGCGUGUUUACCCUCGUCCAACGGAGUUUUUUGGCGUCGGCCGCAGGCCGAGAUAUUUUGGACCAGGGCCAAAGCUACGAGCGAUAAAACUGCUCCUGGCAGACUUGACAGGCCCCAGAAACCAGGCAUGAAAAACCUCUGGCACUCACAAAUGUUUCGCUCCGUUGAGUCACAAGGCGCUCAUAAGAAACGGCUUUUAGUUUUGGUCUUUUUGCCUUUAAUUGUUUUAAGUAACCAUUAAAUCCGUUAUAUAUAAGGCAGGACAAAAUUUCCGACAAUUAUCCCCGAAGCACAUUUUCAACAAAUGAAUAUUGUUCCCAUUUCAAUCUCUUUCUCGACCUUUUACACUGUAACAAUGAUUUUUGAUUCGGGGUUGAGUUAUGUAUUUUAUGCAAAUUUACAGUGUCUUCACCUGGCUUAUUAUCAUGUAAAUGAUGAAAAUAUAAAUUCUAGACUACCACAGCAGCCGAGCCGAAUGAUUUUUUUCUAGCCUUACUAUCCUUUUGGCUCUCUUAUCAGUUUUUCCUGUCUCAAAACGGGAUGCCAGGAGACCUAGGACUUUUUCCGUGGAGUAGUAUAGUUUAGUUACGUUCGAAAUUAAAGGAACACUUCCAACUUUCAGCAAUGCGGGGGUGUACUUAAAUAUAGACUGAGGUAAUGUCCGAAAUAGAGAGGUGUCUUUAUUAUGGAGUCAGAAGAUUGUUCUUUUUAAUAAGCUUUUCGAUUGUACACGUACUGUCUCUGACCGAAUUAAACCUCGGAAGAGUGAACGAAAUCAAGUUAAGAAAGGUCCAAACUAUCCCUGGUUCAAAACCUAGCCUGACUAGGCUCCGUAGUGGGGGAAAGGAAAAAAGGCGAUGAAACAGAAGCAAAAAUCGGAGAGCGACGAGAGCCGGAACAAGCGGCCCAGGCAAUUAUAAACCUUGCAUGUACUUCCACAAUAACGGGCACACAAUCUGUUUGUGUAACCGAUGCAAUUUAAUGGUAAAUGUACUUUCAGUAUUUACCGUUUGCUUACUCUGUAGCGGUAUAUUGCGGGAAGAGUAGAGAGAAAUGAAAAUGGAGUGUUCCUGAUAUUCUAGUACCUGAAAAUUUUUCUUUAUUCCAUUAUUCCGCCAGCUAUAUUCCAAUUCCAAAAUGCCAUUUUCAGGUUAUCAUACUCUAUUAUUAAUACCACCUCCCCAAAUUAAGAGCCAUUACGUAUGCCAUUAUUCUGAAUUAAAAAGAUCACGUUAUUGUUUGCCAUUAUUCCUCGUCGGCUUCUCACCAAUAACUGAACGUUAAAGCCGCCGGGCGUAUUACCUAAAGUCGCAUACUUAUCCACUUGCCUUUCCUGCACCCUAGCCCUUAAGGCUGACCUACUGCUGGACUUAAUUUUAGAGGCAAUACCUCCGGCCUAAGUUUGAUCAGCCUUAACUGCGUUUGGAUUAACGAAGAUGCCGAAAAAAGGUCAUCACAGCUGGGCUUGCGCUUGUAUAGACAUUAAAAGCUUCAUUUGUAAAUUGUUCACGGGAGUUCUAUCUCCAAUACCUGACAUACCUGCCUAGCCUGAAAAAACAGCCGACAUUUCGCAACGCCACCAUUGGCCAUGGUUUCCCGGCGAAGUAACGUCUGAGGAACUAACUCAGAAACGCAUCCCUAGCUUUCAAUUUCAACACAAUUCUGUGCGGUGAGUCGCCCUAUACAUCCAUAGUGAGAACUGCUUACAGAAGUGGUAAUGGUGGUGGUGGUGGGGAGGGGAGGGGAGAUGAAGGAUAGGGAGGAGUUAAGCCAUUCGAGCAAUUGGAACAAGAAAGGUUGAUUGGAAGUUGGAAAUUUUCAUGAGAUUGGAUUGUGCAGUCUUAAAAAUUUAGACAGUUACUGUUUUCAUUUGUCUGGGAAGAAAGAAAGGACAUCUAAAUACUAGGCGUUACUUACCGUUAAAAUUCUUUAACUUUUUUUCUUAGUGAUGAUUCGGCAAGAAACCGUGACAGAUCUAGAUUGGGUGAGGGUUUGGAAGGAAGGAGGAAUGCUACUUCUGACGAAAGAUUCAGAUCUUUGAACAGAGCUUUGACGGUCUUUUUGUCUCAUAAAGGUAACUGUAGGGGUAACAGGAGGGUAAAAUAAGAACAAUAUUAUAAUCAACCACUACUCUCCUAAAAUCAUCGCGGUCCAGCCUUGUCCCAAGACGUUCUCGGCUCGGUCAAUCCUGGACUCUACCGUGAGCUGUGACAUCACCGAGAAUGACUCGACCGCCUUUUCCCAGACUUCGCGCGGACAACGGGGCAAGAGAGAACGCCUAGGAACUAGGCUGAUCGCAGUCAAAGCUAGACGACAAGUUCCGGCUAAACGGAGAUGAUCACAAAUGAAGGCUGGGUCAGUGUAAAGCCUCUUCACCAGUUUCUCGUUUCUCGCUGUUUUUGCAUUGCUAGCGGUCUACACCUUACUCUGACGAUUUAUCAGACACAGUUCGCAAUAACGACGGCCACGCUAAUGAAACCCUAAAAAAAUUGAAUUUGCCUAGCUUUUUUACAUUAUUUAUGAAAACUAAAAUAAAGAGUAUUAGUCUCACGUAAUAUAUCAUUUGUACUAUUUGAGCUGUGUAAAAUGAACUUGCACCUAUAAGGCUUGUCAAACUUUUCAAAAAUUGAAAUGAAAUAAAUUUUAAAAUUCUGGUAUCUAACCAAGGCGAAGGGUGGCCAAUUCUUGGGCCAUGCAUCUGCCUGGUUUAAAGGCAGAUGGCUUUGCGCUUGCAAAUGUGCAGGGAAAAAAGGAACGAAAACAAAAGUACUCCAAAAAAGUAUGAUUGUGAAAGGUGAUAAUUAAAUUUGCUAACCCAUUAGCAAACUGUUUUAUUAUAUAGACGAGACACAACUGAAGCCACUAAACGUGGAUUUCCACAAGUAUGAGAAUCGCAUGGCUCAUAGAACUGACGAUUACGAAUCUGAAGAGCUCAUCAUUAGGAGAGGUCAGGAAUUUCAGAUCACGGUGACGUUCGACAGAGUGUACAGGCCGGAAUCUGACCAGAUAAUACUGCAAUUUGCUACAGGUUUGUUAGGUCAUUUAUUAACUUCCUUGUGGCUAAUUAUCGUCCUAGCACGCACUUUGACCCAUAUAAUAGGUACGUGCCGCGGUUGGGUUAAGGUAGUGAUGCUGAGCCCUAGGUCUUAACUUUCACAACCUCGUCAGCGUACAAACGUAACAAAACGAUUUAUCAACGUUUAAUCUACAAUCCUGUGCUUUAUGAAUGUCCACGAGAUGAAAAAACUAAAAAGGGGGUAAGUCCAAAGACUACUGCAAAGCUGAUCAUAACAACGUGUAUUGCUUUUCAUAAAAAUAUUUCGGCUGGCUAUAUCAGCCUUCUUCAGGUUUACAAAUGUUACUGAGUUUUAGCUGAUUAGAUCUCUUUUCUAGAGAUUCAACGUUGGCAAUCAGCAGGAUCUUCGUCCACGGUUUUACAGUUAAUUUCUUGAUCAUUAAAAAGGCUGUCCAUUUUCAAUUUUAUUUCUAGUCAGCAGUGGCGGAUACACACCUUCAGAUAAGGGAAGGGGGGUGGGGGCGGUCUCAAAAAACAAUUUUUUCGGCCCUUCGGGCCUCAGUUUUGUCUAAAAAGAAGGGGGCGGACCCCCGGGCCCCUCUCCUGGAUUCGUCACUGGUCAGAGUCAGGGUUUGAGAACCUUCGCGAAAUGAAUUAAACUAUCUUUAUAAAUUGGUCGGCGUGCCCUUCCCCCCAUCUCAAACCCUAUAUAAGUCAGGCCUACUGGUCUGGGACUUACAUUGCUGAUUGUCUUUUUUGCUGUCUUAGGCUGAAAUAGCUCAAUAAUACAGGCAGCUUUUUGUCAUUAUUUGAUCUGAACAACAACCAACAAAACACUCUGUUUCAAACUGCAGGGAAAAAACCUCAGGAGAGCAAAGGCUCCAUUGUCCGAGUCACACUUCGUGAUAUCCUCACGCCCAACCAGUGGGGAAUGAAAAUCAAGGAUGUCAGCGACAAAACCAUGCACCUAACAGUCAUUCCCUCAGCUAAUGCUAUCAUUGGACGGUAUGAAGUCUUCUUGGAGACCAAAACAAGAGACUCUGACGGAAAGCUUUCUGUGUUUAGACGCAAGGAGGACGAAAUUGUGUGCAUUUUGUUUAACGCUUGGUGCGAAGGUACUGUGAUCCUGCUUUAGUAUAGCGAGGAAAGCCGCUAAAUUAUAUCAGAUGUGUUUGGGCUGGAAUCCCGAAAUUGAAGGAGCUCUGUGUGACUUAUUUUGGCUAUUAGAAAGUUUAAGAUACCAAGACGGCAAAGGCGGCAAAAACGUCACUUGAAAUUGAUUUCGUGUUAAACGUCUAUGAAAAUUCAGCGCGAUUAUCUCAACUCUCUCAUACUGUCAAACGAUGGACGAACUCUCCUAGAAGUGAAUUCCUUAAAAAAAUUCAAGUUCAAAAAGAGCGAGAGAAAUUCGACGUCGUUUGUCUACGCUCUUCAUAAGUAAUGCAAUAAAGAUAAACUAAAAGAGCCAAGACUGGCAAGCCGGUAAAUGGGUUUUUCUAUUUAUAAAAUCCACCAGUUUUUGUCACUUUCUGUAAAACUGGCAAACCGCUACUGAUAGCGCUUCUGUUUAAAAAUCUGAUUUAAAGUGCUUUUUGUUUUAUGAUGUGCAUGUUAGAUGAUGUGGCGUACAUGGACAAUGAAGAGGAACGUCUGGAGUACGUGUUAGCUGACCAUGGUCGCAUUUGGGUGGGCAGUGAAUGGAGUAAUUGGGGAAUACCUUGGGUGUUCGGACAGGUACUUGCAAAAAGCAAAGAAACCACUCUGGCCAACAGCGCUAGCGCAUGCUGUAAUUGUCUAAAACAAAGCUCACACAUGCUCUAACUCUCUCGCUUUGACCGAGUUGACCCGGCUGGGCGUGCCGAAGUGUUUAUAUGGAGAAAAGUUGGCUCGAUUAGGAGGGUAGUCCUACCAUAACAAAGGGGUGACCUGCCUAGGCAGGUCACUCUUCUUAUCCAGCCAGUCGACAGCCAAGUUUUUGUUUCUCAAGUAAACGGUUCGUUACGUUANAGACGGCAAAGGCGGCAAAAACGUCACUUGAAAUUGAUUUCGUGUUAAACGUCUAUGAAAAUUCAGCGCGAUUAUCUCAACUCUCUCAUACUGUCAAACGAUGGACGAACUCUCCUAGAAGUGAAUUCCUUAAAAAAAUUCAAGUUCAAAAAGAGCGAGAGAAAUUCGACGUCGUUUGUCUACGCUCUUCAUAAGUAAUGCAAUAAAGAUAAACUAAAAGAGCCAAGACUGGCAAGCCGGUAAAUGGGUUUUUCUAUUUAUAAAAUCCACCAGUUUUUGUCACUUUCUGUAAAACUGGCAAACCGCUACUGAUAGCGCUUCUGUUUAAAAAUCUGAUUUAAAGUGCUUUUUGUUUUAUGAUGUGCAUGUUAGAUGAUGUGGCGUACAUGGACAAUGAAGAGGAACGUCUGGAGUACGUGUUAGCUGACCAUGGUCGCAUUUGGGUGGGCAGUGAAUGGAGUAAUUGGGGAAUACCUUGGGUGUUCGGACAGGUACUUGCAAAAAGCAAAGAAACCACUCUGGCCAACAGCGCUAGCGCAUGCUGUAAUUGUCUAAAACAAAGCUCACACAUGCUCCAACUCUCUCGCUUUGACCGAGUUGACCCGGCUGGGCGUGCCGAAGUGUUUAUAUGGAGAAAAGUUGGCUCGAUUAGGAGGGUAGUCCUACCAUAACAAAGGGGUGACCUGCCUAGGCAGGUCACUCUUCUUAUCCAGCCAGUCGACAGCCAAGUUUUUGUUUCUCAAGUAAACGGUUCGUUACGUUAUGAAAAGUUGACUCGCCCCGGGUAACUUGGUUAGGCGGUCAAACUUCUACCUGCCCCCUGCCUCCAGGAUUUUGCAGAUAGUAGAGAGAGAUAUACGGUCAAUCGUGUCGAUUGCCUAUUGCCUGCAUCUUAGAUUGGUCAUCGCCACCUAAUUAUGGAGAAUUAUUAGACUAGGGUUUAAAGCUAUUUAGAAAGGGUGAAGUAUUUUUAAUGAUGAUAUUUAAUUUUAUCUUUCUCUUAGUUUGAAGAUGUCUCUCUGAACUGUGCACUAUGGCUUCUCGACCACUCUGGUUUAGCAGAGCACCCAGAGGCAAAGUCCAGUCCCAUUCCUAUAGUACGGACUCUUUCAGCCCAGGUAAGUAACGUAGAUAUUUAUUGUUUUACUUUAGGCUACUUCCAUACAGCACCGGGCGAAAUCUCGACAGCCAAAAAAAAAGAUUGACUGGACACUUGGCUCACCAGGGUCCGGUUCUAUAUUUUCGCUCUUUCAGAACUAGGCGUCUAAAGGUCCUUGCUGUUAAGGUGGUUUCUUGUAAAUGGAACUGCUAACAAACGAAUGUUCAACCAGUCGAAAAUUCGUGAACGUAUAACGUUCGAAAGAUCUAAAACAGAAACACUUUAUUAUUAAUGUUUUACUCUCUUAUAGGUUGCUCAGUUUACUAUUUUCACCAUUUUCCGUCUUUGGACUGACCGAAAUUUUCCGUCAAUGCGUCGCUAAGGAAAGCUAGCGAGAAAGAGGCACUUUCACUUUCUUUACCAAACAGGGGCGUAGCGGGAGAUUUUGUAAGUGUACGCACGCGGGGAUGGGGAGAAAAGGGGGAACGAAUUUGCCAAAAACAACUCCCGCCACUUGCUCACCAUCAAAACGUCUGUAAAAUUCGGCGACUCAGUUUGAGGAGCUAUAACAAGUCUUCGUUAGUUCAAUCGGUUGAACUAGGCAUCUUAAAAAAAAUUUAAGGCGUUUAUUUAGCCGUGUUGACGGAUUUUUGCUAACUUAGCUGGUCCCAGGCUUUAAACUGAGACCAAGUACAAUGAUUAUCUUAAAGGUCAAUUUUGACGACCAAGAUGGAGGCCUUCUGCUGGGUCGAUGGAGUGAGCCCUACAAAGAUGGCACCAAACCUACUGGCUGGACUGGAAGCGUUAACAUACUGGAAGAAUUCUGGAAAACCAAGAAUCACGUGAAGUACGGACAGUGCUGGGUCUUCUCAGGACUGGUCACAACAUGUGAGUUGCCAAUUUAACAAUCAUCAGAAAACUCCAUUACGUAGUAGGGUUUGUGACCAGUCUAGCGCCGAGUGCGGCUUGGUUAGCAUACUGUCCCGUUUGGUUGUGAAUAGACAAGAGAGGAAAUGAGGAAUCCUGCGCGCGCGUUAUCUUUCUUUCCCUAACAUGUAAUCAACUUUUCUUUAACAGUGAUCAGAUAUAGGGAGGGCAUGUUCUCAGGCUAUUGAUGUCCCGGCUAAUAGCUAAAUACAGUCUUAAAUAACAAAACGAGACCAUUAUUUUUGUAAUUCAAUUGACGACACGAUUUUUAGGACUUAGAUUUUUGAAAGAUAGCAAUUAGCGUGACACAACGCCUUGUUAAAAUGAUUCCAUCGUCUGGAUACUCUUUACAGUGUUGAGAGCACUGGGUCUACCCACCCGUAGCGUGACGAACUUCCAGUCCGCCCACGAUCAUGACCGCAGCUUGACCAUCGAUACUCAUUUUGACAAAAAUGGCGAUCCAAUUAAAGAAUGGGAUGACUCCGUCUGGUGAGUGUAAGUUGUCAGUAUAACUGAAUCUUUNAGACCAUUAUUUUUGUAAUUCAAUUGACGACACGAUUUUUAGGACUUAGAUUUUUGAAAGAUAGCAAUUAGCGUGACACAACGCCUUGUUAAAAUGAUUCCAUCGUCUGGAUACUCUUUACAGUGUUGAGAGCACUGGGUCUACCCACCCGUAGCGUGACGAACUUCCAGUCCGCCCACGAUCAUGACCGCAGCUUGACCAUCGAUACUCAUUUUGACAAAAAUGGCGAUCCAAUUAAAGAAUGGGAUGACUCCGUCUGGUGAGUGUAAGUUGUCAGUAUAACUGAAUCUUUGUGAGUACACUCCACCCCUUUAAAAUACCCUGUGCAUUGAUGGAGGUGGACGGAAGGACUAAUGGGAGGAGCGAUGAUGCGGGAAUACGAUCAUUUCAGGCUAUGUACACACCAUAUCCCAUAGUUUUCCGUGCCAAUACCGAAACACUAUCCGGUUUUGUAUGAACGGCAACGGCCUCGGAACAGGAACGCGCCAUUCACACACAUGGAACCGUCCUGCCGGGGCCGUUGGCAUGGAGGGCUUGGUGAACUAAAAUCCCAGUCCUCACUUUCAAAAAUAUUUACCUCCAUCCAUCUCAACCAAGAGAGGAUAAAGGGGACAGAGAAGGCAUCCCUUAUACACAUCCUAUUCCAUAGGUAAUUCGUCUCGAGUUAUUUUUAAGACCACAGAUUCCAAGGGGGAUUAGACAACAGGAUGAACCACGCUCAGAGCCACGUGUCCUUCACGAAUUGACGCUGAAAAAAAUGGCAGACGACGCGGAGAGCGAUAUUGCUAUUCGUUUUGUCGACGAAAACGACUGAAGAGAGAUUUCUACUAAAGCGGUGUCAGCGAAAUGAAAAUUAAAAAAGAAUCGCCCUUCCUCUCUUGUAUAGAGCAACAGUACCGCAGGGAAAUCCUUAACACACUGAAUAUUCUCUCAGGGUCAUUUAUAAUUUACAGUUAGAAGAGAGCAAUUUCUGGUUUGAUAUUUGUUCUUUUAUUAGUCUUUUAUUAUUCAACAAAAUAACACUUGGCGUCCUACUUGCUUUAUUGUACGAACGACCGGUUCCAAUAGACCGGCGAAAUUUCUCAUUUUAUUAAGGCCCUGAGGUUACGACAACUUCGAGUUAAACUGAUUUCACGGGUUGUCAAAGAGUCCAGCGAUUCCCUUUUCCCAGGUGAGCGCCGACUCAUUUCGCUUCAAUAUUCAGAAAUGCUCUCGAUUUCUUUACGCUUUCAUUGCUUUUCGCCCGACAUGUUUUGCACGGCGUUUAGUCAUGCGAAACCUGCACGAAACAUCCACGCAACGCUCGAGGUAACUUUAUCCCGAUUCUAAAAAUAACUCGAGACGAAUUACCUAUGGAAUAGGGUGUGUAUGGGGGAUGCCUUCUCUGUCCCCUUUAUCCUCUCUUGAUCUCAACGGGUUCCAGUCCUCGUCCCCGGCUCUGCUUAUUCACUUCCGCUAAGCAAGUCCGAAUAUCUGUUCACACAGCACCAGAGUGUGGCACGCUCCAUUUUGGAGAUCGGCGCGGCCCUUCUUCGCCCCGUUAAUAAAUUCGCGCCGAAAUCAGCGUACCUAGGUUUAAACAGAAGCCCUAUCCGGUAUAGUUUCAAACAUACAUAGGCUAACAGUGGUCAGCGCGUUGAUAGGCGCGUUGUCCCCGAGUUUGGGUCCCGCUCUGACCACCAAUUGGAUUAAUGUCGCAGUAAUCCCAAGUUCAAACACUCGGUCACAGCUCAUAGCCAAGUGGUUUACCUCUUGCAUUUUGCGUUGGAUUGAUUAUGGCAUGUUCAGCGCCUUUGAUUUGUUUAUGAUGAUUUAAGUGAGGUGCUUGGAACAAGCAAGAUUAGCUGGGCCGGUAGGCAUAUCCACUAUAAAACAAUAACAUGUACCAUUUUACUCGCACCUCAUAUAGGCAAAUAUGAUUCUUUUUUUUUUAGGAACACAGUAAAUUAAACAUGUUCUCCUAACUUGGCGUUCCAGUAAGUAGCAGUUCAGGGAAAAUUUUGGCGGCUGAGCCAAAAACCCACGAGAUGAAUGACUUUUCCCCAAAGUUUUCCCUUAACCCGCACAAGUGAGCUGUCAGUCUAUGGCUGUUGUACAGCAGUAUGCGCAGUACAAUGUUUACCAACGAAGCCUUGUUUCGGUUCACCUGGAAGCAGGCGCAAAUUAAAUACCUUGUAUCUUGUUCAAUCUUGUGUAUUUUCAGGAACUUUCACGUGUGGAACGAGUCAUGGUUCAAACGUCCUGAUCUGCCAGCCGGGCAUGAUGGAUGGCAAGCGCAUGAUGCCACGCCCCAAGAAACCAGUGAAGGUAUGUAGCAUGUGACACUGUGUUUUCAUUAGGUGUGUCCGGCAUUGAAAGGUUCUAUUCUUUGAUUUUGUCACACCAUCCACAUCAAAAACUACUUGGUUCACGUUUCUAUUAGCUAAGUUAUGGUUAGCAAAUCAUUUUAUACGGUAUUCAAAUAUAACUUAAAAAAAUAAAAUUAAAAAAUUAACAUUUCCUGAUGGUCAACAUUUUUUUUGGACAUAAUUUUUUCAGGUGUUUAUCGCUGUGGCCCGGCUUCCUUGAAUGCAAUCAAGAAUGCAGAGGUCUAUCUACCUUAUGACACUGGCUUCAUAUUUGCCGAAGUGAAUGGUGACAAGGUGCGGUGGGAUGUGGAUUUUUCUGACAACUCCGUAAAAGCCUUUGUCACGGAAAAGAGUGCUGUUGGUAAAAAAAUCAGCACCAAAUUACCCAGCCAGAACUCGGCUCGAUCUAGGCUUGACGUCACAAACGAUUACAAAUACCCAGAAGGUAAACUUUAUAUGAAUUGUGCAUGCCUUGCCUAGUCCCUAUUUGCUUUCCCUUAUGUUAUUCGGGUCGUGAGCAGUGGUCCGAGUGUUCUCCCCGGAUACGUCACCGAAAUGCCAGCCUGGGACCAGCCUCUGCAUUGGGGGAGAAAGGAGGAAAAAAAUCGGCGAGCGAGGCUAGCCGAGGGGUUUAGGGCGGAAAAACGUAAUGAGUACAUGCGUGAACUUUUUUGCCCCGAUCCCAUGGUCAGGCAUGAAAAAAUGGAGGGAUUUCAAAUAUUUUUUUGCCUAAUAAUAAAACGUUUCUACUCUUAACCUGGAAAGAACAAGCAAUUUGUCUUCACAAGUUGCAAACUGUGGUUAUAGCCUUCCCAUUACUUCUUUAAUUUUCUCGAAGAAUACCUCAUAGGAAAACGGACUUUCACGACUGUACUGAAAAUGAAGAAACGAUGGACGCAGUGAACGCAAUUUAUGCAACUGCGUAAAGAAGCCUGAAAAAAAUUGAGGACUUCAACGGGGUUUAAACCCGUGACCUCGCGAUACCGGUGCGAUGCUCUACCAACUGAAUGAAACCACCUGCUCCCAACGUCAGUGGCUUUAUUACGCAGUGGCUUCUUUACGCAAUUGCAUAAAUUGCGUUCACUGCGUCCAUCAUUUCUUCAUUUUCAUUUCAUUUCCGCAGUUCAUAUAUGAUUUAUUUCAUAUAUCAUUAUGACUGUGCUGUCGGGAGGAAACGAAGAUCAUCCAGCAAAGCCUCACUUCUGCUCAUGAUGUUGUAUAUUACUGAAUAUAGGCACUGAAGAAGAAAGGAGAGCAGUUGAAAUGGCUUACAACUUUAGCAGCAGGAAGGCGUACUUCAACAUUUACGAGGUAGAGGAAGGGGACGUGGCGAUUUCUUUGGACUGGCCGAAUGAUCUUAAAUUCGGAGACAGCUUCGAUGUUAAAGUCGUGGUGAAGAACUCGUCCAAUUAUAAGCGAACUUUGAACUUGAAAAUCACGUCCACCAUGGCUUUCUACACAGGGGUCGCAGGAAAAGUACUUAAAGCAAAGAAAGAUACCCUUCAUCUGGCUGCAAAAGAAGGUACUAUUAAUUAAUUAGAAGAUCAACCUUUAUGCAGUUCGUAAUAACUGACUGUUGUAAUUUUGAGUCCCGAUAAAAAAACUUCCAUGCUUCAUCAAAUUCAUGGUCAACUCCUACCCAAGCUUAGUGCAUAAAACACUCUACGCCCCUCUCCUAGAGAAUAGUUAAGGAUAGGAGUGUUUCAAACCUUUCAACCCCUAAAACAUGCAAAUCUGGAGUGUUUGAGAAAGAAAGAGCUCCCAAAAACCGGUGGAGACUGGGACCUCAAACCUGUAGAUUUCCAAAAUAUGUGCGAAAUAAAACUAAUAAAUCUAAUAAGGCAGACUACUCAGAUGGACUACUUUUGUCAUGGUAUUCCUUAUCCUAUUGGUGGUCUCUGUUGUAUUGUCUUGUUUAUCUCUUGGCAGUGAUAAGAAGAUUCUGUUUUACUGAGAAUGCCGAUAAGGCUUUCCCACAGACCUAAGCGAACUUAUGUUUCACGGGAAUGAGCAGAGGUGGGAUGAUUUGACUCACGUUUACCCUCAAAACUAGAUUGAUACAAUUCGUCCAUGAAGACGAUUUUUUCAAAUUACGCGAUUCCUUCUGGAAUUGUCUGGCAAUUUUAAGAUUUUUAAAACUUUCUGAUUCACAAUGAGAUGUAGGCUAAAUCGUGGGACCGUGAGUUGACUACCCAAACCAUGAGUCUCAUGGCCAAACCAUGAGAGUUGGAAGGUCUACGUUUUCUAUUCACCUAAUUUAACUUUAAUUUCUUACACUAUCUUAGAGAAAAGCACCAUGUUACGAAUUGAAGGUUCAGAGUACUUUGGCAGAAUGGUAGACGGAGAUAUACUAAAGCUGUACGUCAAGGGGACAGUUGAAGAGACCCAUCAAAAGUACGCCGCGGACGCUGUAGUGGAAUUAUUAAGGCCGACACUUGAGGUUGAGGUAAGGGUCCAGAAAUAUCCUUUGCGAGGUCUUCAUAAAGCUGGGGCGAGAGCAAAAAAGAGGAAUUUCAACUUACGUACAAAACUUCGUCCCUUGCGAGGGAAUCCAAGACAGUCUUGGAUUCUGGAUUCCUCGACGUGGAUUCCGCAUUCUUUUUCAGUGGAAAUUGGAUUCCGGAUUACAAUCAUAAGUGGGAUUCCAGAUUCCAAAGUUCUGGAUUCUGGAUUCUACAGGCAAAAAUUAAAAAAAAAUAUUGGAAUCCGUAUUCUAAUAGCAAAAGUUUCCCGGAAUCCGUUUUCCCUUACAUCAGGCAACACAUUACCGUAAAAUUCCGAAAAAAAAAACCUCCAUGUAUAAGCCCCCCUAAAUUCCCCCCUUGGAAAUUUGCUCACAAAUACAAAGUAAAUGACAAAGCAAAAACGGUAAAUUUCCUUCGAACUAUAAGGCUAGCCCAAUCGAUUUUGAAGCGCAAAUGUCGCUCCGUAGAUAAGCCCCUCAAAAAGGGUUUUUGAAAAAUAUAAGCCCCGGGGCUUAUUUUCGGAAUUUUACGGUAACUCGAUUGGAAAUGCUUGCUUCGCAGGCUAGUGCAGAACAAGUGCUCAUCCUUGGCACGAGCCCAAUAAGUCAAACUCGUUCGUUACUGAAUGUUUAUCACGAUUUACCUGAAAUCUGCAGAUAGCCUUCUUUAUCUUGCUUGGCUAAACAGUUCUACAACUUUGAGUAUUAAAAAGGCGAAUUUCUGGCGGCGGGAGUUCCUUAAUCCACUAGGUUCUUAUACGCCGGUGUUUACUAUACUGUAUAUUUCGUUUUACUUCAGGCAUCUCCUGAAAUGGUGAGGAAGGGCGAAAUGGUGACAGUGACAGCUUCCUUUAAAAAUGAGACGCUGGCGAGCCUAACAAAUGGGCAGUUUCACUUUGAGGCUGUUGGAAUGCUACCCAAGUCAGCGGCAUUUAAUACCCGGUAAGUAUCCGCAGGAUCUUAAUCCUUUAAUUAAACGACUUUAUUAUUCAUUCAAAAUAUUUCUCCGUUUCUGAUUGGCUAAUAGCACACGCAUAAUUCACCAUAACCAGCUAUUGUUGACCAAAUUUGGAAGAACUUUGCAAUUAAUCAACCGAUGACGUCAAAAGUGCAGCACAAUGCAGGUAAUGCACCGUUAACCGAGAAGAUCUGGGGACGAGGUUGAGUUGUUUUGGUUGUGAAAACAAAAAUGGCGGAACAGUCUGCGGAACAUUUUAUUCGUUUCACGACAAACUAUUGUCUAAAAACAUAGCAAGAAGACAACUCGACGGACAACAUCUGGUCUUUGGAGUAUAUUUGCAGACCUGAACAGCCCUUUAUCUUCUCAACAUCCACUAUCGAGGUGAACUUAACAUCGACGAAGGUAAGCAUGUUUUAGCUUGUUUUUAAACGAGGAAUUAUUUUGAAUGAAUAAUAAAGCAAGUAAUGAUUCGGCUUUCGUAGGAUAUAAAGAAUGAUGCAAAUCUCGGAGGGUGUUAUAACACCCUCCUCGAUCUGCAUAAUUCUUCAUAUCCUAGUCAGCCUCAUUCGUUCAUGGUAUCGCCUAUCAUCUAUCCUCCAUCGUCCAUUGUCUAUCAUCCCGGAAUCCAUCGUCUGGGUUUUAACACAUGCCGGUAUUGAGGGUUCAUUAGUUUAAUGACUUUGAUAAGCUUUUUUAACUUAAGGAAUCUCUUCUCUUGAUACAGGGGACCUAUAGCUGUUAAUGAGGAAGCACGAAUUUCAGCUACCUUCACUUCAAAUCGAGGCAAGGACCAUACAAUCGCCGUCAGCUUCGUUUCUGAUGAGUUAAACGGCGUCCGUGGAGAAUGCACUGUCUUAAAUGUUAACUGAUUGGCUGAACUCAGUGUACGCUAUAUAUACGUUAACUAAUUACCCGUAAAAUUCCAAAAAUACGUCGCUGGGGCCUGUCUUCAGUUACGGUCUUAUAUUCAUUGGGGGUUAUUAUUGGAUGGAAAUCUACAUUUCAAAAACGUCUGGUCUUAUAAUUGGAGCGAACUGAAUUUGGGUCAAGAAGUUUUUAAUGCCGACCAGUCAUAAUCUUAACCAUUGGCUUUAAACAUCACGACAAAAAGCCUUCACUGAUUUACGUUAUUUUUUAAGUUCAUAAUUAGACUAUAUGUCCUCUUGGACGGCCAUCUGGACUCUUGUCUCUGGAAGUACAGUUCCCAUUCUGCUUAAGCGGUCGAGGUUGAUAAGUUACGAUAUGAUCGAUAUGGAUUAGAUUCGUAUAUGGAGGCAAUCUCAAAACAUGUAGUCACAAGGGUGCUUAUUUAGGCUCAUCUGAAAGUUUGAGACAUUUUUCCAUUUCGAGAAUGGAGGGUCUUAUUUCUGGAAAUUUACGGUGAUAUAAUCUGAGUGUUCAGUUAGAGUGUUCAGUAACAUUGAAAGUAUGCGCAUGCUUAGUAACUGUGUGACGCAAUGUCCUAGUUGCCAAGGACAAGACACUAACUUUGAAAUUAAGAUACUGUGAAAAUGCUUAUCUUUCGCUCACUACAUCUGUUUUUGAUAUGCCUACACUUA